UAACUAAAGUGAUCAAGAAGAACAGAAAUACACUAAUAUAUACUUCUAGAGGGAGAGAUCGAGCUAGAAGAAGAAGAAGAUGGCCAACAUGGUGGAGAAGGUGCUAUGGGUGGCAACAAUGGUGCUACUAAUGUGCCUUGCAGGAGCUGAGGAAGACGGCGGCGUUGGGCUGCUGGGGUCGCCGGACUACGGCGACGCGCUGGCGAAGGCCAUCCUGUUCUUCGAGGGGCAGCGGUCGGGGCGGCUGCCGGCGAGCCAGCGAGCGACGUGGAGAGGGGACUCGGCGCUCACCGAUGGCCGGGAAGAGAACGUGAACCUCACCGGCGGCUACUACGACGCCGGCGACAACGUCAAGUUCGGGUACCCGAUGGCGUUCACGGUCACCCUGCUGGGCUGGAGCGCCGUCGAGUACGGCGCCGCCGUCGCCGCGGCGGGGCAGCUCGGCGGCCUCCGGGCGGCCAUCCGGUGGGGCGCCGACUUCCUCCUCCGCGCCCACGCCUCGCCGACCACGCUCUACACCCAGGUCGGCGACGGCGGCGCCGACCACCAGUGCUGGGAGCGGCCGGAGGACAUGGACACGCCCCGGACGCUGUACAAGGUCACCGCCGACUCGCCGGGGUCGGAGGCCGCCGCCGAGGCCUCGGCCGCGCUCGCCGCCGCGUACCUGGCCCUCAAGGACGCCGGCGACGGCGCCUUCUCGACGCGCCUCCUGGCCGCGUCCAGAUCGCUGUUCGACUUUGCCAACAACUACAGGGGAUCCUUCCAGUCAUCCUGUCCCUUUUACUGCUCCUACUCUGGCUUUCAGGAUGAGCUCCUCUGGGCCUCAGCAUGGCUCUUCAAGGCGACCAGAGACGCCAAGUACCUCGAUUUCCUGACGAACAACCAGGGCUCCAGCAACCCUGUGAAUGAGUUCAGCUGGGACAGCAAGUAUGCUGGAGCUCAGAUGCUCGCAGCACAGGAGUAUCUGGGAGGAAGAACAGCGCUUGCAAGGUACAAGGAUAACCUGGACUCCUUCGUCUGCGCCCUGAUGCCCAACAGUGGCAAUGUGCAGAUAAGGACCACUCCAGGUGGACUUCUUUUCACGCGCGAUUCGGUCAAUUUACAGUACACAACAACUGCAACCCUUGUUCUAUCCAUCUACUCUAAGGUGUUGAAGUCUUCUGGCUCCAGUGGAGUUCGCUGUAGUGCUAGGACAUUCUCCCCAGAUCAGAUCAGUUCAUUUGCAACAUCCCAGGUGGAUUACAUCCUGGGGAAGAACCCUCUGGGCAUGUCAUACAUGGUAGGGUUCAGCACAAAGUUUCCAAGGCGCAUUCACCACCGCGGCGCGUCCGUCCCAUCGAUCAAGGUUCUCAGCAGGAAGGUCACCUGCAAGGAAGGGUUCUCAUCAUGGCUCCCAACAAGCGACCCGAACCCUAACAUCCAUGUCGGAGCGAUUGUUGGUGGACCUGAUGGGAAUGAUCAGUUCAGUGACAACAGGGGGGAUCCAUCACACUCUGAGCCAGCCACAUACAUCAAUGCAGCCUUUGUGGGCGCCUGUGCUGCUGCAAUGGGGCAGAAGCAGGGGGUGAAGCUGGAUAAGCCUGUGGACAACCUAGCAUCAAUGGUAUCCACUUACUAGAAAAUAGAGACAUACAUGCACACAAUAUAUGCAAGAAUAAGGUCAUUAUUAUUUAUUCACGUUCAACUUCUAUGUGUGAGGUUGCCUUGAAACAUGAGUGUUUAAUUGUAAUGCAUCCCUGUUCUUUACCAGGGUGUGAGAUGUGAUAUUAAAUAAAUAUAAGUUUGUUUAUACCAA